CUUAUGCAGGUCUCUUUUGGUUUCUUGCAGUAGUGUCUUGUAGUUUUCAUUGUAUAGGUCUUUUACGUCUCUGGGGUUGAUGAUUUUCUGAGCCAUAUUCAGAGGGAAAGAGAAUCCCUUCUCUCAACCAGCAAAUAAAAGCCCCAGCCUUUGUGCUGUUGGACUGGUGCGAGCCAAACCCUGUGGCAAGGGAGGGUCGUGCAGCAAUUGGCUUAGAUCUGGGUGGCUGGCGGAUACAGAAAAUAAGAAACUGGGUCCCUGGUGACUUCAGUGAGGGGCUGUUUGGCUGAGACUAAGCAGAGCUGCUGCUGGAGUUCGGGAGGUCAAAUGGCACAGCUGCUGCCCAGUGGGAGAAGUGGCAAGUGGCUGUGUGAGAGACCACCACAGAGUUGGCUGUAAGUGUGCCUCUGAAUACAUAAAAGAAUGAAGUAUUUUUGAAGAAUACAGUUGCCCUCUUCUAAAAAAUAGAGUAAUCCUCUCAUUUAUUUCUUAGACAAUUUCCCUGGCAUUAUUAAUUAUUAAUAUUACCUGUAUGGAAGAAUCAGUGGCAGUGGUGGCCAGGAGAGUUUCUGGCUGCCUGUGGUUUCUGGAGGUAGGGAAGAUGUGGGAGGGUUUACAUUGCUGUCCUCUUUUCUCCUUCCUUUGUCGUCCUACCCCCCACUGGGAUGUAGUCUGAUUCCUGAUACCUUCCACUGUGUCUGUUUUAGGCCUUGGGUUAGCGUUUGGGUUGGGUGAAAGGUGAGGGGUCAGACUGAAGGAAAAGUAAUGCUAGAGAGUAAGCAGCCCACAGUCUCGAAGGGGAAGUCUGGAGGGUCCCCAAGGAUGGUAGCCGCGUGUGAAGGCCAGUGAAUGUGCCUGAAAAUCUUAGACUCUGGCCUUCAUAGUGGCCUGUUGGGUUUUAGGAAAUUAGAUAAAAUGGACUUCCACAUAAGGUUCUUGGCAGUUGCAUUGAGAAGAAGCCCUGAAUGAUGACCUUGAAGGUGUGCACCCUGAGGGCCUGAGGAAUUUAGAAAAGGGGGUAAAAGGAAUGGCUGUUGAGGCUGUUUAUGGCUCGGUAGAAAACGGGCAGAUUAUUUCUGAAGAUCAUAGUUCCGUUUCAUCCAGGGAAAAGAAUGACUUGGUAGUUUUUCAGAUUGUACUCUAAUCCUUUGCUUCCACACCUUUCUCUGGGUCAGAUAAUGAGAGUGAACUGUGCUCUCUGAUCUGCAGACAUGCUUACCUUGCUGAGGUCCUCAGCCCUUGUACCAUUUACGCUGGGGAGAGCACUUUGUAGGAGCUGGAUGCUGAAUCCUUGUCCGCUGAUUCAUAUCUGAAACCAGAAUUUGAUGUUAUGUCUGUGCAUAAAAGGGACUCUGCACUUAAGACUUCUUGUUGGAUUCCAUGCAACCACCUACGUCACUGUGUUGUACCAUGGUUGCAAGUUUAACAUGUCAGGAGAUUGAAAAGUUUUGAUUGUUAUGGAACAAAGAGCUGAAUUCUCUCUUUCCAGUUUCAUAGAGUAUAACAGUGAAGACUCCAGAACAGUACAGGGGGUGAAAUUCCCUUCUGCAGGCAAGUAAAUUAUGCUGACAGUCACAAAGCUGUGACGGGAUUUUGCACAGAGAUUUGGAACUCUAGCCUUCUAUUUGCAGGUUGGGACUUUGAAGAAGACUCAAGUUUUAUUUUGUUCUUUUGCAUAAUCAGAUUGAUCUAUGGAAAAGAAUAUAUGAAAUAACACGAGUGCCCAGGUGCAAACCCAUUUUCGUUUCACAGGAGGGCGUGCUGUAAUUUCGUAGGAUAUGUGUAAUGUUCAAGAUGCACACUGCAGUAGUUGGUCAGCCAGACAUACAGUUGUGAUAGGUUGUCAGUUGAGAAAUAGACCUUGUGUGUUUAUGGUCUUUUGCUAUAAUGACAUAAUAAUGGCAGGCAUUUUAGUCUUUCCUCUGGGUCGGGCACAAUGCUAAGUGCCUUCCAUGUAUUACUUAUUUUGUCAAUAAUAACAUCAUCAAAUUUACAAAGAAUGUUCGAAAUUCACACACAUAAUUACAGUUUUUAUAUAUAUACAUGUAUAUAUUUAAAAAGAUGUCAUACUAUACAUAUUUUCUUUUAAAGAUUUACUAUGGUUGCAGUUCUAUGUCAGUAAAUAUAGAUACACAUGAUAAUUUUAAUGGAUUAAUAGUAUCCCAUUAUAUAACUAUGUCAUAUUUUAUUUAGCUCAUUCUUUAUUGGCUGACUUUAAAGUUAUUUCCUGUUUCUAAGUAAUAAUGCAGCAGGAGGUAUUCAUGUUCUUCUGUCUUUGUGCAGUUGCUUGAUUACUUCUUUGUAAAUAUGUUUCUAGGUAUAGAAUUGCUGGGCUGAAGGGUAUAGAGUGCUUGACUUUUAAAAUGAUCCUAUUAGAUGAAGAAAAGGCUACAGUAAUUAAAGGGAGCAUUCGCAAAGACUCAUAGGAAUGAUAUUCUGAUGUUUCUCUUGUUUCUGUGCUUGCUUUUGUUUUUCACCCUGCAUGGUGUGUAAUGGUGUUCUUUUUCCCUUUUGUAGUAAGCUGUGCUAGAACAAAAAUGCAAUGAAAGAAACACUGGAUGAAUGAAAAGCCCUGCUUUGCAACCCCUCAGCAUGGCAGGCCUGCAGCUCAUGACCCCUGCUUCCUCACCAAUGGGUCCUUUCUUUGGACUGCCAUGGCAACAAGAAGCAAUUCAUGAUAACAUUUAUACGCCAAGAAAAUAUCAGGUUGAACUGCUUGAAGCAGCUCUGGACCAUAAUACCGUAGUCUGUUUAAACACUGGCUCAGGGAAGACGUUUAUUGCAGUAUUACUCACUAAAGAGCUGUCCUAUCAGAUCAGGGGAGACUUCAACAGAAAUGGAAAAAGGACGGUGUUCUUGGUCAACUCUGCAAACCAGGUUGCUCAACAAGUGUCAGCUGUCAGAACUCAUUCAGAUCUCAAGGUUGGGGAGUACUCAAACCUAGAAGUAAGUGCAUCUUGGACAAAAGAGAAAUGGAACCAAGAGUUUACUAAGCACCAGGUUCUGGUUAUGACUUGCUAUGUCGCCUUGAAUGUUUUGAAAAGUGGUUACUUAUCACUGUCAGAUAUUAACCUUUUGGUGUUUGAUGAGUGCCAUCUUGCAAUUCUAGACCACCCUUAUCGAGAAAUUAUGAAGCUCUGUGAAAAUUGUCCAUCAUGUCCUCGCAUUUUGGGACUAACUGCUUCCAUUUUAAAUGGGAAAUGUGAUCCAGAGGAAUUGGAGGAAAAGAUUCAGAAACUGGAGAAAAUUCUUAAGAGUAAUGCUGAAACUGCCACUGACUUGGUGGUCUUAGACAGAUACACUUCUCAGCCGUGUGAAAUUGUGGUGGAUUGUGGACCUUUUACUGACAGAAGUGGGCUUUAUGAAAGACUGCUGAUGGAAUUAGAAGAAGCACUUAAUUUUAUCAAUGACUGUAACAUAUCUGUACAUUCAAAAGAAAGAGAUUCUACUUUAAUUUCAAAACAGAUACUAUCAGACUGUCGUGCGGUAUUGGUAGUUCUGGGGCCCUGGUGUGCAGAUAAAGUAGCUGGGAUGAUGGUAAGAGAACUACAGAAAUACAUCAAGCAUGAACAAGAGGAGCUGCACAGGAAAUUUUUAUUGUUUACAGACACUUUCCUAAGGAAAAUCCAUGCACUGUGUGAAGAGCACUUCUCACCUGCCUCACUUGACCUGAAAUUUGUCACUCCGAAAGUCAUAAAACUGCUUGAAAUCUUACGCAAAUAUAAACCAUAUGAGCGGCAGCAGUUUGAGAGCGUUGAGUGGUAUAAUAAUCGAAAUCAGGACAAUUAUGUUUCUUGGAGUGAUUCUGAGGAUGAUGAUGAGGAUGAAGAAAUUGAAGAAAAAGAGAAGCCAGAGACAAAUUUUCCUUCUCCGUUUACCAAUAUUUUAUGCGGAAUUAUUUUUGUGGAGAGAAGAUACACAGCAGUUGUCUUAAACAGAUUGAUAAAGGAAGCUGGCAAACAGGAUCCAGAGCUGGCUUAUAUCAGCAGCAAUUUCAUAACUGGACAUGGCAUUGGAAAGAAUCAGCCCCGUAACAAACAGAUGGAAGCAGAAUUCAGAAAACAGGAAGAGGUACUUAGGAAAUUUCGAGCACAUGAGACCAACCUGCUUAUUGCAACAAGUAUUGUAGAAGAGGGUGUCGAUAUUCCAAAAUGCAACUUGGUAGUUCGUUUUGAUUUGCCCACAGAAUAUCGAUCCUAUGUUCAAUCUAAGGGUAGAGCAAGGGCACCGAUCUCUAAUUACAUAAUGUUAGCAGAUACAGACAAAAUAAAAAGCUUUGAAGAAGACCUUAAAACCUACAAAGCUAUUGAAAAGAUUUUGAGAAACAAAUGUUCCAAGUCAGUUGAUGCUGGUGAAACUGACCUUGAACCUAUUGUGGAUGACGAUGAUGUUUUCCCACCGUAUGUGUUGAGGCCCGAUGAUGGUGGUCCAAGAGUCACAAUCAAUACGGCCAUUGGACACAUCAAUAGAUACUGUGCUAGAUUACCAAGUGAUCCGUUCACUCAUCUAGCUCCUAAAUGUAGAACGCGAGAGUUGCCGGAUGGUACAUUUUAUUCAACUCUUUAUCUGCCAAUUAACUCACCUCUUCGAGCCUCCAUUGUUGGUCCACCAAUGAGCUGUGUACGAUUGGCUGAAAGAGUUGUAGCUCUUAUUUGCUGUGAAAAACUGCACAAAAUAGGCGAACUGGAUGACCAUUUGAUGCCAGUAGGGAAAGAAACUGUUAAAUAUGAAGAAGAGCUUGAUUUACAUGACGAAGAAGAAACCAGUGUUCCAGGAAGGCCAGGUUCCACAAAACGAAGGCAGUGCUACCCAAAAGCAAUUCCAGAAUGUUUGAGGGAUAGUUACCCAAAACCCGAUCAACCCUGUUACCUGUAUGUGAUAGGAAUGGUUUUAACUACUCCUUUACCUGAUGAACUCAACUUUCGAAGGCGGAAGCUCUAUCCCCCUGAGGAUACUACAAGAUGCUUUGGAAUAUUGACAGCCAAACCCAUACCUCAGAUUCCGCACUUUCCUGUGUACACACGCUCUGGAGAGGUUACCAUAUCUAUAGAGUUGAAGAAGUCUGGUUUCACGUUGUCUCUACAAAUGCUAGAGUUGAUUACAAGACUUCACCAGUAUAUAUUCUCACAUAUUCUUCGGCUUGAAAAACCUGCACUAGAAUUUAAACCUACAGACGCUGAUUCAGCAUACUGUGUUCUACCUCUGAAUGUUGUUAAUGACUCCAGCACUUUGGACAUUGACUUCAAAUUCAUGGAAGAUAUAGAGAAAUCUGAAGCUCGCAUAGGCAUUCCCAGUACAAAAUACUCAAAAGAAGCACCCUUUGUUUUUAAAUUAGAAGAUUACCAGGAUGCAGUUAUCAUUCCAAGAUACCGCAAUUUUGAUCAGCCUCAUCGAUUUUAUGUAGCUGAUGUGUACACUGAUCUUACCCCACUCAGCAAAUUUCCUUCCCCCGAGUAUGAAACUUUUGCAGAAUAUUAUAAAACGAAGUACAACCUUGACCUGACCAAUCUCAACCAGCCUCUGCUGGAUGUGGACCACACAUCUUCCAGACUUAAUCUUUUGACUCCUCGCCAUUUGAACCAGAAGGGGAAAGCCCUUCCUCUAAGCAGUGCUGAAAAGAGGAAAGCCAAGUGGGAGAGUCUGCAGAAUAAACAGAUACUGGUUCCAGAACUCUGUGCCAUCCAUCCAAUCCCAGCAUCACUGUGGAGAAAAGCAGUCUGUCUCCCCAGCAUACUUUAUCGCCUUCACUGCCUUUUGACCGCAGAGGAGCUAAGAGCCCAGACAGCUGGUGAUGCCGGCGUGGGAGUCAGAUCACUUCCUGCGGAUUUUAGAUAUCCUAACUUAGACUUUGGAUGGAAAAAAUCUAUUGACAGCAAAUCUUUCAUCUCAAUUUCUAACUCCUCCUCAGCUGACAAUGACAAUUACUGUAAGCACAGCACAAUUGUAGUCCCUGAAAAUGCUGCACAUCACGGUGCUAAUAGAACCUCCUGUCUAGAAAAUCAUGACCACAUGUCUGUGAACUGCAGAACCUUACUCAACGAGUCACCUGGUAAGCUCCAAAUUGAAGUUUCAACAGAUCUUACAGCAAUUAAUGGUCUUUCUUACAAUAAAAAUCUGGCCAAUGGCAGUUACGAUUUAGCUAACAGAGACUUUUGCCAAGGAAAUCAGCUGAAUUACUACAAGCAGGAAAUACCUGUACAACCAACUACCUCAUAUUCCAUUCAGAAUUUAUACAAUUAUGAGAACCAGCCCAAGCCCAGCGAUGAAUGUACUCUACUGAGUAAUAAAUACCUUGAUGGAAAUGCUAACAAAUCUACCUCAGAUGGAAGUCCCCUGGUGGCCGUGAUGCCUGUUGGAGCACUCAAGGGCAGGAUGGAUCCCGAGCGGAGCCCUUCUGUUGGGUAUUCCCCAAGGACUCUCGGCCCAAAUCCUGGACUUAUUCUUCAGGCUUUGACCCUUUCGAACGCUAGUGAUGGAUUUAACCUGGAGCGGCUUGAAAUGCUUGGUGACUCCUUUUUAAAGCAUGCCAUCACCACGUAUCUGUUUUGCACUUAUCCUGAUGCUCAUGAGGGCCGCCUUUCCUAUAUGAGAAGCAAAAAGGUCAGCAACUGUAAUCUGUAUCGCCUUGGAAAAAAGAAGGGACUGCCCAGCCGCAUGGUGGUGUCAAUAUUCGAUCCCCCUGUCAAUUGGCUUCCCCCUGGUUAUGUAGUAAAUCAAGACAAAAGUAACACAGACAAAUGGGAAAAAGAUGAAAUGACAAAAGACUGCGUGUUGGCUAAUGGCAAACUGGAGGAUGACUAUGAGGAGGAGGAGGAGGAGGAGGAGGAGGAAGAGGAGGACCUGAUGUGGAGGUCUCCCAAGGAGGAGGCCGAUUAUGAAGAUGACUUCCUGGAGUACGAUCAGGAACAUAUCAAAUUUAUAGAUAACAUGUUAAUGGGAUCAGGAGCUUUUGUAAAGAAAAUUUCUCUUUCUCCUUUUUCAACCACUGAUUCUGCGUAUGAGUGGAAGAUGCCCAAAAACUCCCCCUUAGGUAGUAUGCCGUUCGCAUCAGACUUGGAGGAUUUUGACUAUAGCUCGUGGGAUGCAAUGUGCUAUCUGGAUCCUAGCAAAGCUGUUGAAGAGGAUGACUUUGUGGUGGGGUUCUGGAAUCCAUCAGAAGAAAACUGUGGUGUUGACACUGGGAAGCAGUCCAUUUCUUACGACCUGCACACCGAGCAGUGCAUUGCAGACAAAAGCAUAGCGGACUGUGUGGAAGCCCUGCUGGGCUGCUAUUUAACCAGCUGUGGUGAGAGGGCCGCUCAGCUUUUCCUCUGCUCCUUGGGGCUGAAGGUGCUCCCGGUCAUUAAAAGGACUGAUCGGGAAAAUGCCGUACGCUCUGCUAGGGAGAAUUUCAGCAGCCAACAAAAGAACCUUUCAGUGAGCUGUGCUGUUGCUUCGGUGGCCAGUUCGCGCUCUCCUGUAUUUAAAGACCUGGAAUAUGGUUGUUUGAAGAUCCCACCACGGUGUAUGUUUGAUCAUCCAGAUGCAGAUAAAACACUGAAUCACCUUAUAUCGGGUUUUGAAAAUUUUGAACAGAAAAUCAACUACAGUUUCAAGAAUAAGGCUUACCUUCUGCAGGCAUUUACUCAUGCCUCCUACCACUACAACACUAUUACUGAUUGUUACCAGCGCUUAGAAUUCCUGGGAGAUGCGAUUUUGGACUACCUCAUAACCAAGCACCUUUAUGAAGACCCGCGGCAGCACUCCCCAGGGGUCCUGACUGACCUGCGGUCUGCUCUGGUCAAUAACACCAUCUUUGCAUCGUUGGCUGUGAAGUAUGACUACCACAAGUACUUUAAAGCCGUAUCUCCCGAGCUCUUCCACGUCAUCGAUGAUUUUGUGCAGUUUCAGCUUGAGAAGAACGAAAUGCAAGGAAUGGAUUCCGAGGUUAGUGCCACUUACAAAUAAGUUGGAUUUGGUGCUUAAUUUAAAAUAUGCCAUCUGACUAGGGUUCUCAGUAGUUUCAGAGUCCGACUGCAUAGCUCUCCAAAGGCACAGCCAAAGGCCUCCCAGGGCUGUGGACUCUGGCACCUGGGAUGCUCUCUGCAGAGAGCUGCAGAUGGACCCCACUCUUUGGGUGGAUGGUUUCAACUGUGGAGUGCCCACACUGUUGUAUGUGUGGUCAUUCAGUCGGAGGUAAGGAGCUGGGGCUUCCAGUUAUUCUCCUGAUACCAGUCUGAUUAGUUCUUCUAAUAUGCGGCUCCAGCGUGGCAAAGGAAUGCCACUGCUCCCCGCCCCCGGAGUAGCUUUAUCCUUCCUAAAAGCUCCGUGUGGUUCAGUCUUCUUUCUUUUUUUAAUGGAUCAGCAAAAUUUGCUAACAUUUCAGGUAAGCAUCACAACGUACAGUCUGCUUCUGCUUGAAAUGGGGAAAUCUCAUUUGAAAACCAAACUUUGAAAUUUUUAACCGUUGGAAUUUGGGAGACUUCUACUGUUAAGUUCAGCCAGAGGUUCUUUGGUGACGGAGCUAAUUCUAAUGUGUUUGGGAACUGUUUUACAUUUUUUGUAGGAAAAGGCUAUUGCUUUAGAUCUUUCCAAGCCCCUCUAAUCCCUCACUAACAUUCAUCUGCACACCUGUGUACCCAGGGGGCACUCCCGUUUCUUCUUCUUAUCCUAAGUCCUUUCCUGUCUUUAUUUUUUCUAGAUUUCUUAUAAAGAGUCAAGGAAUUUAUUCAUAACUCUGUUAGCCGCUUUGUUUUUUCUUCGGUUUGUACCUUUGCUCUCUUUUUUUUAUUGCACCAAGCCAUUGUGGAAGAGUGAAGGAUUUCCUUGACUUUCUCUGAGAAAAAUUAAGAGUCUGGGUUUUAAAGUGAUCUUAAAUAUAGCCAGAAGGUGAAGUAUCCAGCCCUGUGAGCCGUCCAGAGUGUGUGCUGAAGGGAGACCAGCAGGCAGUGUUCCUGUCCUCACUGUGGCCUUGCAGGCUCCUCCAAGAUGAUGACGUGAGCUCAUGAGCUGGAGCACAGCUCGCAGGGAGGCCAGGAGUCAGAGCCAUCUCAUAUGGAUUCCAGUAUUAUUUCUAGUCUCAUUCUUUUCUAGAAGUAUGUAAGCUUAGAAUUUGAGGAGUUGGCUAAAAUUAGAUCUAAGUUCUCUUUUGAGGCCAGUAGGGCAUACUGGUUCUGUUAGUUUUUGUUCAUUCUUUUCCUUCCCUUUGUUUAUAUAAACAUCUGUGUAGAAGUUACAAAAACUGGUGGGGCACGUCAUGGUCUGGCUUUUCUAACUUACUAGAUAUUUGAUGGUAAGAAAGGCCCUCUACUUCUCUGGGUCUCAGUUUCCUCAUCUGCAAAGGAGAGAAUUAAACUUGAAAUGUUUGAAACUUCCGCUUUAGCUCAAAACCAUGAUACAUGAGUAAUAUGUAUCUUGGUCUUUAGAAGUCAGCAUUAUAAACAUAUAGAGCUUUGGGUGGCUAAACAGUCUAUUUAGAAAUUACUGUUUUCCCCCUUCUCUUCAUUUUUGUUGCACAGUAAUUCAGAUUUACUUUAGACUAAAUGGAAAAACUACAAAUAAGCAAAGAGAAAAAGUUAGCCAGAUAUGCUACCCUAGAAAUAACUGACAUCACCGUUUUGGGAUGUAUCUCUUGCUAAUGUAUAUAGACAUAAACAUAUAAAUAUGAAAUGGAAUGAUAUCAUGCAUGGGGACUGUAACCUGUUGUCACUUUGUAUGUAAUUAUGGAUGACUUUCCACAUGCUGACUGGCAUCAUGAUUUUUAACAGCUUCAUGCUAGUCAAUAUGUGGCUGUACUGUAAUUUGUUUAAAGAGUCCUUUGUGGCUGGAUAUUUACAUUGUGUUUUUAGCUAAUAAGGCUUUUGAUAAAUAUGAAUAUGAUAAAUAUGUCUGUACGUCCAGUUACCUCCUUAACUAGAGAGAGAAUCGCUGCAUCAAUUAUAAACGUUAGAAAGGCUUUUGAUAACAUAUGUAAGUGUUUAUUAAUUUGAAUACUUUCUGUGUGUCAGGUACUCUAUUAUAGUGAACCUGUAUUAAAGUGGUUUAAUAAAAA